GUUGAAAAUAGUCCUUCACGCAGGAGAACAGUGAUACAAUGGCAACGUUCAGAGGACUGCCUGCUUUAAUUCUGCUCAGAACAAUGAUUGCGAUUGCAGCCGUAAAGGUUCCUGACAAAAUCCUUCUGACUGAAGCUGAACUCGGCCAAACUGUGAAUCUGACAUGUGAUACAUCUGGUCAUGAUACUGGGUUAUUUUUCUGGUAUAAGAUAAAUUAUGGAUAUAUGGUCCAAACAGUUGUUAGCGGGACUUUUAGUGGCUUACAGCUUGAUGAGAACUUUCCAAACUCAAGGUUCCAACCUGGAAAAGAGAGAGACAUAAAUUUUCUCGUCAUCAGAAAUGUCAACAAAGAUGAUGAAGCAACAUAUUUAUGUCAGGCAGGAGCAGCGUACAACCUGGCAUUUAUUAAUGGCACAAAUUUGAUUGUGAAUGAUUCUCAAAAUAAAAAGUCUUUUCGUGUGAAACAAACGUCAGACAUAAAGUCGAUUUUGCUUGGAACCAAUGUGACUCUACAGUGUUCACUUCACUCAGAGAAAAAAGAAAAAGAAAGCACAGACCAGUGUGCAGCUGAACAUGAUGUGUUCUGGUUCAGAGCAGAGUCAAAAUCGAAUCCAGGAUUCAUCUAUACUGAUAACAACUGCAGAAAACAAGCAGGAACCAGCUGUGAAUACCGUCUGUCUAAAACUAUACAAAAUUCCUCGGACAUUGGGACUUACUACUGUGCAGUGGUCACUUGUGGAGAGAUUCUGUUUGGAAAAGGAACCAAAGUGGAGACAAGAGAAGAAUUGUUCCUGUAUGCUAUUGUACUGCUCGGAGGAUUUUUGGCUUGUUCUGUACUUGUGAACAUCACUUUGAUUUUCCAAAAAAGAAAGCCAAAAGAACUUCGUGAAAGUCAAAAAGAAGACACAACAGUCACAUGUCUUACUGAGCUGGAUGAGGAUCAACCAUGCAAUAUGGACGGUGAAGAGGAAGGGAUGAACUAUGUGGCGCUAAAUUUCUCACGAAAACCUGUAAGAUGGAAGAGGGAGACAUCAAACGACUGCACAUAUUCAAACAUUAAGCUGUCCAUGAAAGGCAGCAUCCAUCAAAGGGAUGAUAUAAAAUGAACAAAAUGUGAAUUCUGUGUUGCUUAUGAUAAUUGUAAAUAUUGAUUUUGAAGGCUGAUCAAAAUAUUCGGUGCAAUGUUGUUUUAAAUUAGCAUUUUGUUCUUCCUUAGCAUAGAAAGCUUUUUACAGACUUUUAGAACAGAAAUGUGUUUAUAUGUUGUCGUAUGUUUUACCGUAUUCAUUUUAUGCCUGUUUGAUGAAGAAGGAAGAAACUUGACUUGGGGAAUAAAAAUAGAGACCAUGUUCAGCUAAUUUGGUAAUCCAUUAACCUUUUAGUUUGCAUGUGUUUAAUACAUAUUGUAACAGGUUGGCCUUUUUCGGCUGGAUUUUUCAGUGCAGAUAGAUGAUAUCAAGCAGAGUUUAGGUGGAACAGCAGGUUUAUUCCUCCCAGCAUCACAAACAAUAAGUCACACUCUUGGUCUCACAAAUCUCAAUGUCUCAAUAUCUCAAAAUCUCAAAAUCUGUCUCACAGGUGAAAAUUGCAAUCUUAAAUAGUCCCAGCUGUAACAGAUAAAACAAUCUGAAAAUUCAUAAGGUAAUCCCAUCUUACCCUGUUCCACUUAAUUGAAUAAAAUACAUUUUACUACAACCACAUCAACUUCCUUUUUAUAAAUAUUUUUUAUGUUUUAUCCUUACCCUUACUAAAACACCAUAAAACAGUACACCAUAAAACAAUACACCCCUCUCCCAUUCUUCUCAAUGGUCUCUCCCAGUACCUAUAUCAUUGUCCAUCCCCUUAGGACAAUAUUUGUCCAAACAUCCUGAGAGGACACAGAAAAGACAGGUGAGUCACUAUAUUAGCACAUUCCACACCUAAUAAAUUAUGCACAUCAUUUACUUAGUUUUAUCCACCAAUAGCUCGUUGCUCUGAGUACCAAUUAUUCUUUCUUCACAGUCAACCACCUCCACUGGCCAAUGAGGAGCAGCUGUGCAGAGCCCAGAACAAAGGCUACACACCAAUACCUAAAAUACUCAAUAAAUACAAUUAAAACUU